GAGGCCAUUAGAGGAUUUUUGGGGAAACAAUCCUUUUUUGGCAUGCCUAGUGGGACAUCACUGUGUCUUACUUAUAGUUUUCAGAUCAGUUGUUCUUUUUUCCAAGAAAAAGUGUAAUUAUGCCACCAAAAAGAAAUGUUGGGAAAGUUGCCCAAACUUUACAAAUUGGGCUUGGUGAAGGCAGUCUAGCACACUUAGAAGGAGAGAAUGAGCCAAUCAUUCCCCCACCAUUGUCACCAAUACUUGGGGAGCACUCUUUUGUCAAUCUAACCUUCAACAACGAUAGUGAAUCUGGAGAUGAUGUUGCUCAAUCUGCCGACAUGCAGCGCUCCAAUGAAGAAAGUGCUAGAAUUUGGCACGAGCAAAAUGCGAAAAAUUGGAGAGCUUUCCAAGCUAAAAUAGAACGAAUGCAGGAGGCUUUUCAACGUGCCAAAAUUGAACCUCAGCUACAAGUAGUAGAUCUUCAAAGGCAGAAUCAGAAUAUUCUAGCUCCAACACUCAGGGGCUCUCACCUGGUGUUUGAGUCUGCCACAGAAUUCAGUUUAUACUUGGAGCAGAUGGAGGAUCUUUUCCAUAUCCAGUUUUACCAUAGUGAGCCAAAAGUGUCCAUGGCAAAUUUAUCUCAUCUGGUGCAGCGACCUGGAGAAACAUCUGAGGCCUUCAUUUCCAGAUUUUGGAAGGCCAAACUUAAGUGCAGUGUUGCCUUGCCAGAACAGGAAUUUCUCAAGCUGGCACAAAAUGGUCUGGACAUUGAGUUAAGGAAAAAGUUUGAGGGAAUGGAGUUUCGUGAUUUCUUUGAGUUGUCUUACAAGGUGGCUCGUUAUAAAAAUUUAUUGCGAGAUGACACACAAAGGAAAUUUGCAUCUCAUGGAACUUAUUAUGGUGACGCUAACUUUGAUCUGGAUGUGGCAGAAGUGGUGGUAGACAAGCUAGUUGUUUGCCCAGAUUUGAUUAAAGUGGUCCAGCAGACUAACAAAACAGUAAAGCGUUAUGUCGAUCCAUUCCCUAGCAUGUCUGUUGGGGUGAAUGCAGCAGAUCUCAGGAGUAUUGAUAGAGACAAAACUCAGCCAUACUCUAGGCACAGACUUGCAGCUGAUGAUUUGAGGUGGGUCAUUGAGGAGGCAAGGGCCUGUAGAAAUCAGGUCAGAUUAGGCUCAUACCAAAGGAAAAAACCCAAGGGGCACAACCCAACUCAACAAAAAAAUAAUGCAAAUCAGGGAAUCGCGAUAUUUGGAUACGCGGAAAAGCCCAGAAUGGUGAAACCAUCACUUAGAUCUCCAAGAAAAUGGUGGGAACAUGUGGUUCAUCCAAAAUUCCCUAAGACUAAGUCGCUCCCAGCAAGAAGAAAAUCAAUGUCGGUCCGUAAAGAAAAAGGAAGCACAUCUGGUCAGUGUUCUCCAGAAAAGAAUGAACCACCCAAAAGUCCAACAUCAUCUCGAGUUCUGGCUGUGGAAUCAAAUGAAGAAACUGGUUUAAAGGCGAAGUUUGACAUGUCAAAUAAAGCAAAAAAUUCAUCUGAUGUAAUUCAUUUUGAUGAGUUUUCUGUGAAUCUAUCUUGUUUGGUGAUCACUCUUCCUUUAGUUUUUCAAGUUAGAGAACAAACUGAGGUUGUGACAGCAAAUGACAAGCCUUUUGUAGCAAAUACUAAUAUUGUGGAAGCUCGUUUUUAUGAUGAAGAUAUUGAGACUAUCCAUUUCUUUGGGAGGGAUCAUUAUGGCAGACCUUUUGGAAUUAUUGCCUGCACCAAAUCUGCAUUGGAUAGAUACACUGUGAAGGAGGUAGUCUAUGAAGGAGAAGAGGAGGACUUAAAGGAUCAGAUAACUCUAGAGGAAUUAGAUCUAGCACCAGCAAAACUCGAGGAUUUGAAGGUAGAAGUACAAGAUCCCCUGGAAGAGGUAAAUCUGGGUUUGGACAGAAAUCCGGUGGAGCAUAGAUUACCAAUUAGAGAAGACUUUAAACCUUUCAAGCAGCCGCCCAGACAAAUGUCUCUAGAAGUCACUUUGAAAGUUAAAGAAGAGAUAAAGCGGCUAUUAAAGAAUGGCAAACUGAGAAUCUGUGUGGAUUUCAUAAAUCUGAGUCUGGUAACAUCAAAAGAUGAAUAUCCUAUGCCUAUUGCAGAUUUGCUGGUGGAUGGUGCAGCAUGCCAUCGAAUUCUGUCAUUCAUGGAUGGCCACAGUGGGUAUAACCAGAUUUUCAUAGUAGAAGGAGAUUUGGUUUGGAAAGCAAUUCUGCCACCUGGAAAGAAAGAUCCCAGAUUCAGAAAAUGGUCUCCCAAUUGGGUAGGACCAUUUCGUAUCCAUAAAGUGCUUAGACGGGGAGCAUAUUGGCUUAAAUCACUGAAUGGAGAGCUACACCCUUAAAAAAUAAAUGGAAUCUAUCUUAAGCCUUACUAUUCUAUGAUAUGGGAGGUUAGAGGUCUGGAUACCACAAAUUCUGCUUGAGACAGAUUUGGGACAGGAAGUGUACAAUUUUUUCUUUUCUUUUUUAGCAUUUUAUAAUUCAAUAAAUGUGCUAAUCUGAA